GCUCUACUCUGACUACCUUUACUUUGGUAUUGCCAACAAGUCUGCAGAGGAUUUCCACGAGAAGGUGUCCGAGUCACUGCAGUUAUUCGAGGGGUGCCUUACGGAGUACACAAUGCGCUCCUGUGUGUACAAUACUACUGUCAACAACGCCAUGCCAGUCAGGCUGCAAGUUGGCCUGUACAUCGUGUACUUAAUGGACUGGCUGAGCGUCUUCAGCAGGGAGCAGAUUCUGGUCCUGAGGUUGGAAGACCAUGCCUCUAACAGGAAAUACACAAUGCACAAAGUCUUUGAUUUCCUUAACCUGGGGCCGCUGACACAAGAAAAGGAGUCAGAGAUCACAAGAAGUCCGGCGUCAAACACCAGGAGGCCGGCUGACAAAAACCUGGGACCCAUGUUGCCCAUCACUAAAGAGAUCCUGCGGGAUUUCUACACGCCGUUCAAUGAGAAAUUGGCCAAAGUGCUGCGGAAUGACUCCUUCCUCUGGGAGAACAACUCAAAACUCUGAACAACCCACCUCCCCUUUACUUCAGUAAAAAAAGAAACCACUGACAUGUCAGCCAGCCCCUUCGUUUAAGCUCCAUCUCUCGCAAGUGCCCAUAAAAAUCGAUGUUUUUUUAAUUUAAAUUAUUUUCUAAGUUAUAAAAGACGAGAUGAAUCAAAGAUAGAAAAUAGCACAAGAGAGUGUGGUGAUUUUGUGUGUGUGUGUGUAUGUAUGUAUGUAUGUAUGUGUGUGUGUGUGUGUGUGUG